AUGAACCCACUUGAUGCAACAAAAUCAGGAUUUUUAGUGUGCAUUGCUGUCUGUAUGUUCAUCUACACUUUUAUUUACCUAAAGGAUAGGCUUUCUGAAGAGCCAAAUGAACAAAAAUUUAAUGCAAAUAUAGCAGAGUGUGGUUUUUACCCGGAUGAACUCUGUUCAGCUCUUUUUGUGGGGAAAACUGCUGCCUUUAAAAUUGGAAACUUUUGUCAAAAUACCUACCAACCUAAAACACUCAGCUGCAUUCAGACUUCAUGCAACUGCUCCAUGGUUUUGAAGACUCUGCAUUUUAUCACAAGACCGCUGUCAGAUGAAGAAGGAAAUUUCUCAUUGGCAUACAUUAUCACUAUUCACAAGGAGCUGGAAAUGUUUGUAAAGCUGCUAAGAGCUAUUUAUAUGCCUCAGAAUAUUUACUGCAUACAUGUUGAUGAAAAGUCACCAAAAGAUUAUAAAGCUGCUGUACAAAACAUCGUUAAUUGCUUUGAAAAUAUUUUUAUUUCCUCAAAAAGAGAAAAUGUUGUUUAUGCAGGAUUUUCAAGAUUACAAGCUGAUAUUAAUUGCAUGAGAGAUCUAGUUAAUUCCAAAAUUCACUGGAAUUAUGUUAUUAAUCUAUGUGGUCAAGAUUAUCCCAUUAAAACAAACAAAGACAUUAUACAAUACAUCAAAAGUAAAUGGAAUGGUAAAAAUAUGACUCCCGGGAUAGUCCAACCACUUCAUAUGAAACACAGGACACAGGUUAGUUACAGAGAAUAUGUACAUUCUGGAAUGUCAUACGUGUAUCCAACAAAGAAUAUAAAAGCUAAACCUCCAUAUAAUUUGACAAUAUAUUUUGGUAGUGCCUAUUACAUACUCACUAAAGAAUUUGUAAAGUUUACAUUGACUGAUGCACGUGCAAAAGAUUUGCUUGAAUGGUCAAGAGACACGUACAGUCCGGAUGAACACUACUGGGUCACACUGAAUCGUUUAAAUGAUGCUCCAGGGGCUACACCCAAUGCAGACUGGGAAGGAAACAUACGAGCCAUUAAGUGGAAAGAUCAAGAAGGAACCACACACAAAGGCUGCAAAGGUCAUUACAUCAGAGACAUUUGUGUCUACGGACUAGGGGAUUUGCAGUGGAUUAUUGAGUCACCUCAUUUGUUUGCCAACAAAUUUGAGCCUGCAACAUAUCCACUUGUUAUGGACUGCCUAGAGAGACGCUACAGGCUUAAAGUACUGCACCAGGCAGAAGUCCCGAUUGAAGAUCACUGGCGUUUUCAGGAAGAGAACUACUUCAACAUGAAGCUGAAUGUUUGAGUUUAACUAACAUCUAAGCAAGUGUUCAAAAUACUAACAGAAACCACCAACAUUUUUAGCCAUAGACUUCACUCUGUGCAUUACAGCAUGACGGUAAGCACAAUACUGUACUACCAGUCUACCAGUGAAAUAAACAGUUUUUAUUUAUUACAGUAAGAUAAAGAGCAACAACCGCGAAUGGGUUAAUUCUCAAAGAAAAUGACAUGUCAAAAUCUAUAAC